UCGCACCGGAAACAGUCGCUGGCUGUUUGCUGCAGGCGAGGGCAGAAAGAGACGCUGCUGGGCGCCUCCCCUUCCCCAAACCAGCACAAAAAACUACCAAAAAUAAAGCGACUCGCGGCAGAUAACGGCGCAGAAACCUUCCGACGGGGCUUCCGCUUCACCCCAUUCCUCUUCCCGGACAGAGCAGCUCCGGCGCGGCCCGCCCGAGCACGUCAAGCUGAAGUUUGCGCUCAGUUUCACAGCUCUAACUCCUCCUUUUCUUUAUCUCCACCUGCAAACGUUCUCCUCGACCCACUCCUCCUUUCUUUCCUUUCUCCUCGUGCCGGACCAUGUGCGAUAAUGGGGAUCUGGAGGACAAGCCGCCCGCGCCGCCCGUCAGGAUGAGCAGCACCAUCUUCAGCGGCGGCGGGAAGGACGCGCUGGCCGCCAAUCACAGCUCUAAGCCCCUCCCCUCCGUGCCCGAGGAGCGCAAGCGCAACAAGAUCUACUCCAUCUUCUCCGGAGCCGAGAAAGGUGGCCGAAGGAAAGACAGAGAUAAAGAGCGUCCGGAGAUCUCACCGCCUUCAGACUUCGAGCACACCAUUCACGUGGGCUUUGACGCCGUUACCGGAGAAUUCACCGGAAUGCCGGAGCAGUGGGCGCGUUUACUCCAGACCUCCAACAUCACCAAAUCAGAGCAGAAGAAGAAUCCGCAGGCCGUCCUCGACGUCCUCAAGUUCUACGACUCCACGGGAAACGGACGGCAGAAGUACCUCAGCUUCUCUUCAGGUCUGCUGGAGGACACUCGUGCUUGCGUGCUAACGUUACAGGAACUGUCAUGUCGUACUGAACGCUUUUCUCCUUUUUUUUUUAUGUCUGUAGAGAAGGACGGAUUUCCCUCUGGUGAACAAUCGCCUGUGAAAAAAACACCAGAGCCCUCGUCUCCGGUCAAAACGGUGGAUGACGAUGAAGAUGAUGACGAUGAGGAGACGCCGCCGCCUGUUGUCGCACCACGACCAGAACACACCAAGAGCGUAUAUACUCGACCAUCAGUCAUCGACCCCCUCCCUCCUCCAGUCACGUCUCCGGACAGUGAGGUCGCAUCGAAGGCCACCGACCGACAGAGACCUAAAAAGGGCAAGAUGACGGACGAGGAGAUCAUGGACAAGCUCCGAACCAUAGUCAGUAUUGGAGAUCCAAAAAAGAAAUACACACGAUACGAGAAGAUCGGACAAGGAGCUUCAGGAACCGUCUUCACUGCCAUUGACGUUGCUACUGGACAGGAGGUGGCCAUCAAACAGAUCAACCUGCAGAAGCAGCCCAAGAAAGAGCUGAUCAUCAACGAAAUUCUUGUCAUGAAGGAACUGAAGAAUCCAAACAUUGUCAACUUCUUAGACAGUUUUCUGGUAGGUGAGGAGCUGUUUGUCGUGAUGGAGUACUUGGCCGGCGGUUCGCUCACAGACGUUGUAACCGAGACAUGCAUGGACGAGGCCCAGAUCGCCGCCGUGUGCCGAGAGUGCUUGCAAGCGCUGGAGUUUCUGCACGCUAAUCAGGUUAUUCAUCGAGACAUCAAGAGUGACAACGUGCUUCUGGGAAUGGAUGGCUCUGUCAAGCUCACGGACUUUGGGUUCUGCGCCCAGAUCACUCCUGAACAGAGUAAGAGGAGCACCAUGGUAGGAACGCCAUAUUGGAUGGCUCCGGAGGUUGUGACACGCAAAGCGUACGGACCCAAAGUUGACAUCUGGUCCUUGGGUAUCAUGGCUAUCGAGAUGGUGGAGGGAGAACCGCCGUACCUCAAUGAGAAUCCACUGAGGGCGCUCUACCUAAUUGCCACCAACGGAACUCCAGAGUUGCAGAGUCCUGAAAAGUUGUCGCCCAUCUUCCGAGACUUCCUGAGUCGCUGUCUGGAGAUGGACGUGGAGAAGCGUGGUGGAAGCAAGGAGCUUUUGCAGCAUCCCUUCCUGAAGUUGGCCAAGCCGCUCUCGAGUCUCACUCCUCUGAUUUUGGCCGCCAAGGACGCCAUGAAGAACAACCGCUAGCUGUGCCCGCGAGCACAGCGGACUGCUGAACACUCGAAAAUCUGUGCCAGGUGUUUUUUUUACCAGUGUGUCAACAACAUAUCAGUGUUGCCAAAACAAAACUCCAAGCAUUUCAUUUGGGUCUUUGCCUGUUUUUAAACCUGUAUUGACCGCCGUGGUGUCGGGGGACAUUAGAUGUUCUCCUCGUCCUCCUGCUCUCGUUAGUUUCUUGUGGGACUUUGUCUGUGUUUUAUGUAUGAACUCUUCCACUCUUUGGCUUCUCUAGACCUCGUAUGUUCCAUGAUUGGCGAUCAGAAUCAAUUGUGGUGAUUUCAAACCCAGCUGGAGAUCUUUUGUUAGUCUUUCUGUAGCCAGAAUCACGACUGAAAACUGUGUAGCCUACUCCUGUUCUUGACCCGAAGGGAAGAGCACCUUACCGAAUACACGCCAACUGCGAGCAGUGAAUGAUUUUUGUAGUCACUUGUGCCUUUGUUGUUAUUCCAGCAAACACCUUUAUACUCUGUCUGAAGGGGCAGGUUUUUUGCCAUUGAACUUCCUCUAACCUGAGACGAAACUUUCAUGUGAUGAAAUGUGUAUAUGACGUACUUCGAAGAAGCGUAGCAUUUCAGUCGAUGUAGUUAACCAAAAGCAGGAUGCGUAGAUUAGAUAGGUGUAUGUUUGUGUACAUGAACACUUUUCUUGUUGUUUUAGUAACUAACAGUUUAUUUCAAAGUAAAAAUGCAGUUGUCCAGAAGUCACCGAUGUAAGAAUUGAUAACUAUUUUUAUGCUUUUCAGUCACUUGUUUUGCAAGUAAAAGCCGGAUUCCUGCAAAUUUCUGUGAACAAUACAGUCAUUGCAACAUUGUGUACAUCUCUUGUUCUUCAUUAAAAGAGGACUUGAAACUUGAGAUUAGAAUAAACUCUCUCUAGGGGGACUUUUUAUAGUCUGUUUGAACCUU